AUGGACCCCCGUCUCCCCCGAUGGCUGCUGCUGGUCACUGGACUACUGCACUGGAACGGUGCGAUGGUGCAAACAACAUACACCAUAGACAGCGUGGGCCUGCGCCUCCUCCCUGGCAGCGAGGUGGAGAGUGGCACUAACGUCACGCUGCGGUGCGAGGUCACCAUCAGCCAAGACACGGCCACAGAGCCCACCUACCACUUCCACUUCACCAAGAACGACCAGGUGAUCAGCUCCAUGGAAACCCGUGAGGACUGGGCCACUUACGCCCUGCACCCGGCCAGAGCGGCGGACUCUGCGAGCUACGGGUGCCAUGUCAGCGUCAAGGAGAAGAGCAAAACCAGCCUGGUGCAGAGCCUGACCGUCACAGGCCUACAGAAGCCCAUCCUGCAUCUGAACAAGACCAUAGUCUAUGAGAGUGAGGAAGUGGUGGCCCGCUGCAGUGCUCCCUCAGAGAAAGGAUCCUUAAUCUUCUUCUUCCACCAAAUGUUUGACACUGGGGGCCCACAGGAGGUCAAACGGGCCAUGUCCAAUGGGAACAGUCUGGAGACUCUACUGGUCCUCAGGCACAUCGGGGACAUGCAUCUCUAUUGCGACUACGAGCUCCCCCUGGUGGGAAGGUCAAACCACAGCAACCAGGUCUAUGUCAAUGUCAGAGGCAUGUACAUCAAUCCCAUCAUGAACGUGGUGCCCUCAACUGAAGUGUACGAGGGCGAGCUCCUGGAGGUGGUGUGCAGAGUGGUGGGAAGGCUCGAAGAUGUGGAAGUGUUUCUGAUCAAAGACCGGAAGAUCUUGAAGAGAGCCCCGGUGAGCCUCAACCACAGGUUUCGGGUCCAGGAGGGAGACUCUGGAGAGCUGGUGUGCAAGGCCGAGUGGAAAACGCUGCAGAAGGAGACCUACAAAGAGAUCACUGUCAGAGAACUGAUUUCAAAGCCGCGCCUCACAGUGGAACCUCUGGAAUUAUUUGAAGGCGAUCAACUCAGGAUCAUCUGCUCAGUCUCCAUCUACGUUCCUGACCGGAUACAGAACAACACGCUCAAAUAUUCCAUCUACAAAGACCACAAAGAGGUUCACAAAGGACGGGUUUAUAACACGUUGGCCAAAGCCUCAAAGAACGGCAACUACACCUGCAAAGUCCAAGCCGCGUCCUCUGGGAGGAGCUUCGUCAAGGAGAGCAAGACUGUGGUUGUAGAUGCCAAGGUUCCUGUGUCCAAGCCCAGCAUGAGGGUAGUGGGUGGGACGCUGGUUCUAGGAAAGCCCUUCCAGAUCAUUUGCCAAAGUGACAUCGGAUCUCUGCCCAUCGCCUACACACUCAACAUGCCAAAAAAACUCCCAGAGGUCAAAGUCAUCGCCGCACAUGGAGAAGUGGCCAUUUUUAACGUCACUGUCACAAAGACGGCAGAACUGAGUAACUUCCUCUGCCAAGCCAAUAACCAUCAGAAGAUCCCGGCAGAGUACAUCACGGCUCAACAGCUGUUGGCCGACACCAGAAUCAUUGAGCCAGUUUCAAAGCCCAUCCUUACCAGCGAGCCAGAGGUGGGGGACAUCACAGAAAGACAGGACCUGACGCUGAUCUGCUCCGUCCUUAGAGCCAGCGCUCCAGUCACGUUCACCUGGUACAGCGUGGACAGCCAAAGCACCUUGUUCUCAAAGACCACCCAUAAACUCAGGGACUCCUUCGUGAUUAGCGACACAGGCUCUCAGCACAAUGGAGGCUACUACUGCUCUGCCUUCAACCUGGCCAAUAUCACCAAGAGCAGCGAGAUUCUGACUGUCGCAGUGAAGAUGGCAGGCUGGAAGAAGGCACUCAUUGCUGUGGGGUGCCUGCUCUUCUUUUUCGCCUUGGUCCUGGUUCUGGUCUGUAGAAAACGUCUGAUCAGCAUGAAGAGGAAGAGGGCUCCAGAGCUGUCUGUGAAGUCGGCCGGGACCAAAAUAGAGCGGCUGAGUCUCACCCAGUCUGAGGUCACCCACAUGGCGAACGCCACCCCCUCCAUGAUGGGCAAGAGCGUGUGGAGUGAGCAUGUCUCCGGAUCUGAGUCGGAGAACGAGAAUGCCGUUUCCGCAGCUAAAAGCCCAGAGCUGGACUACGCAGAGGUGCAGACCAAACAGGCUGACCCCAGCAGACCUCCGGUCAGCAAGGGCACGGACACCACCUACAGCGAGGUUCGCCACUCCACACAGGGUGUACCGGAGGCGGCUGGCAGCCAAGCAUCGGUGGAGUACGCCGAGCUGAAUCACGACGCUGAGACCCAGAGCGGAGGCGGUAACCAUAACGAUCACAUUGUCCAAGUGGAGCCCAAAGACGAAGUCUGUGAAGAAAACUGUGACAUGAGCAAAGACCCGGGCGGAGCCAGAGCAACAACAGGAAUAGCAGGAGCAGCAGAAUGA